GCGAGGCGUUAAUCAGACAACUUAACAAUAAAUACGAAUAGUGCAAAAAAUAUAUAUACUUGAAUAUAUAUAAAUAUUUUUGAGUGCAAAGGGCAAGUUAAUUUGUUUCAAAAUUGCCAACCAAACAAUGAGCGCACGCUCGGUGUCGCCAAAGGUGCUGCUGGACAUAAGCUACAAGCCAACACUGCCCAACAUCAUGGAGCUGCAACACAAUGUCAUCAAGCUCAUUCAGGUGGAGCAGCACGCCUACAUGCAGCUAAUGGACCAACCGAACACCCACUACUUGCAUCACCAACACCAACAACAACAGUCGCAGCCGCAGCAACAGCAAUAUGCUCCAUUGCCUUCGCUGGCGCCCAAUGCGGCGGACUAUGCUGCCUAUGGCAUAACAGAGCUCGAGGAUACGGAUUACAAUAUACCUAGCAACGAGGUGCUCAGUACCAGCAGCAAUCAGAGCGCUCAAAGCAGCCUGGAGCUGAACAACAACCAAAACAACUUUGACAAACAGCAACAGACGUCAGCAACGGGCGUGGUAGCUCCAUCUCCUCUUGGCUAUUUGCUCAAUGAGCAUGGCAAGCGAUCGCGCAGCAGCAGCGACUACGACUGCCAAACGGAGGCGCUAUCCAUGCAGCCCGAGCACAAGAAGCAGCUGCAACAGCAACUGCAACAUCAACAUCAACAGCCACAACACCAGCAGCAGCAGCAGCAGCAGCAACAACUGUAUGUGGACUAUUUGCCCACCACUGUGGACGAGGUGGCCGCAGCUCAGACGCAGACGCAGACCCAGAUACAGGCGCAGGCGCCCAGCCAACAGAACGCCUGUGUCUCGCCCCACUCUCAUUCCCACUCGCAUUUCGAUUUUGCCGCCGAGGAGGAGCUGCAGGAUCACAAGCCGCACAUCUUCAAAUAUGGCGGAUAUCCGCAAACAAUCAAUCAGCAGCAGCAGCAGCAACAGCAGCAGCAACAGCAGCAACAACAGCAUCAGCAACAGCAGCAACAACAACUUCAUUUCCAGAGCAACUACAGAGCAGGUCAAAAUUAUGACGCCUAUGAGCCUGCCAACAGUCUGAAUGGCAGCGCCUACUCCAGCUCAGAUCGCGACGAUAUGGAAUAUGCCCGCCAAACAGUGCUCAGCUCAGUGGGUGGCUACGCUAAGGAGGAUGAGCUGGGGGACAUGUCGCCCACAUGCCUGGGCGACGAGAGCAGCCUGCUGGAUGCUGGCGAUGUGACGGGCAAGGCGUUUCGCAAGCCGCGCCGCCGCCUUAAACGCAAGCCCAGCAAGACGGAGGAGACGGAUGAGUUCAGCAACCAGCGAGUCAUGGCCAAUGUGCGGGAGCGCCAGCGCACGCAGAGUCUCAACGACGCCUUCAAGGCCCUGCAGCAGAUCAUACCCACAUUGCCGAGCGACAAGCUGAGCAAAAUACAGACGCUCAAGCUGGCCACAAGAUAUAUUGACUUCCUAUGCCGCAUGCUCAGCUCGAGCGACAUCUCGCUGCUGAAGGCGCUGGAGGCGCAGUCGUCGCCGGUAUCGCCUGGCUAUGGCAAUGCCAGCACACUGCUAAGUUCCGCCAAUGGAGCCGAGGCUGAUCUCAAGUGUUUGCGCAAGGCGAACGGAGCGCCGAUUAUUCCGCCCGAGAAACUAAGCUAUUUAUUUGGUGUCUGGCGCAUGGAGGGCGAUGCGCAGCAUCAAAAGGUCUAGCCAGACCAGACGCAGGUGAUGGAGCAGGCAGUAGAGGAGGAUGCGCAGGAGUGGGUAGUGUCGAUUGCCAUUGGGGCUUCCAGUUACUGAACAAUAAUGCACACAGCGUGAAUAAUUCCAAUGCGAGUGCCAGCGAGCACUUGCAGCUCUUUCCAUAUCUUAUAGAUGACUAAGCUAAAUCUAAUUUAAAUAAACAAGUGAACAGAAGAGAAAUUUACGAAAUAUAGGAGCCAACUAUUGCUAAGGUUUAAUUGUAUGUCUAGCGCUAACUAAUUUAAAUUGUAUAAAUUAAAAGAAAACAUCAUUAAAAAGAAA